AAUGGAUUAAUACGAAGAAGGUUAUGACAAAAAAGAAAUUGAAGUUUUAGUAUGUGAUCCAAUUGUAAAGAAAGACGGAUUAAAGAAUUAUGUUGUUUACACACUCAAAGGUUAAGAUCAAGAUGGCAACUUUGAAGUCGUACGUCGAUUCAAUGAAUUUGAUUGUUUUAGGUAAGGACAAUUUCUAUGUAGAACAACUCUUUAAAUACGAUGGCCUGGGUGCUAUAUUCCUCCAUUACCAAUUAAAAAACCAGUUGUAAGUAUUCUAACUCUAUCUAAAGGGUAAUAUGGAUUAAAAGUUCAUUGAUGAGAGAAUGCAUUACCUUAAUCUCUUUAUGAUUAAAAUGGCAACUAUCAAUCAUUUAUGGUAUUCUGACGAGUGCAAACUUUUCAUUAGAGGCAACGGCGACAUUGAAAAAGUAAAUAUGUGUCGAUAUUCUUAUAGCAACUAAUUGCUUUCCAAAAACCGACCCAUAGGGAUAUCAUCUAUAAAUAUGAAACUGUUUUCAAAGAUUUUUCUGGUAAAGAAAUCAAUGAUCAAUUACUCACUAAGAUUUAGAAUUUCUCUUUGUUUUUAAGGAGAAUAUAACCUUAAUUAGAAACCUUUUAGUAAUAAGCGAAAUUACUUGUUUAAUCAAGGUAGAUAUGUUUGUAAUAUUUGUAGAGUUCAAUGUUAAGACAAUAUGAAUCUUUUAUUAGACUACUUAAUGCCUGAAUAUGAAAAGAAUUGUUUAACUGAAUACGUUGUUAAUCCUGAGAACAAACUUGUUUUUGUUUAACAUAAUGCAGAAUUAUAUCAAUAAUAUGUUUAAAUAAUUAUUAUUUUUAGCGAGCAGCUAAUGAAAAGAGUUCUAUCGAUAAUUUUGCUUUAUCUAUAAAAAUAGAAACAAGAGAUAUUGAUGCUAUUAUAGAGGCUAUUUAAUGCAAGGAAAAAUAUGAAUAAAUUAAACAAAAUUAUUUGAGUAAAUUAUGUAGUUUGAGCAAUGAGAAAAAAGACAUCGAAAAUGGAAAAACAACAUUGAAAUCUUUAUUCAAUUCAAAUAAGGAAGAAUUCAUCUAAAAAACAUAGUAAUAAAUAGAUAAUGUAAUUCUUGACUGAGAAUUUUAUAGGUUUAGAUAGAAAUUGAGUAAUUGACAAAUUUGUGCGAUAUUAUAACUGUGAUAAUUGGAUAUUACAUAUUACCAAAAUAUAAGGUAGACUUUAUGAACUUAUUUUUAAGCAAGAAAAAGAAAAGAAUUAUUAUUCAUUAUUGAAAUAGAUGGCACAGCAUUAAGUCCAGAAAGCUUAAGCAGAAAGAAAUUAUUGGUUAGAUUUAGAUAAAAAUCAAAUGUUUCUGGAAGUUUUAAAUUGA